AAGUCUCGUAUCAGAUGGCACUGUGGUCGAUUUGUACCACGAAAAUUCGUUGUGUUCAAUCUAUUCAUAAUUUCAUAUUUACUGCUUUUAACAUGGCGACUUCGUGGAUACUCCGUAAAAGCAGAAACAAUUGUGAACCUCAAAACUAUUUUUCGAGAAUUAACAUGAGAGAUGAAGAAGAUGUUCUUCUUGAUGAAGACAAGGAUCAGAAUGAUAUCAGAGCUCAACUGUCACAGAUGAGCUUUGAGAAUUUACAGAAGCUUAAAGAAAAAUUAGGGACAAAAGUUUACAAUGAAGUCUUGUUUGGCCCAAAAAGGGUUGACCCAAAAAGGGUUCGUAACAUUGAAUUCGAACGAAGAAACAAAGACAUGCCACAAGAAGUUUCUUCAAAAAAACCUGUUCCACGAUUAAGGGUUAUUGCACGUGUAAAGAAAAAUAUACCUAGGGAUCCUAGAUUCGACAGCCUGUGUGGUACAUACGACCCAAAGUUUUUUAAAAAAUGUUAUGGAUUCAUCAACGAUGUGAAACAGAACGAUAUAAAGAAAUUAAAAAAGGAAUUAGAGCAGACCGAUGAUCCAGAAAUUAUAAAAAAGAUUAAGUAUCUGAUUCAAAGAUUAGAAAAUCAGUUACGCGAAGGGACCAGACAGAAUAAAAGAGAGCAGAAAGUAUAUCAAGAAAAGAAAAAAGUUGUGGAAUCUAUUAAGAAGGGAGAAAAACCUACCUUCAAGAAGAAAUCUGAAGUGAAAAUGUUGGAUUUGAUUUCUCAAUACGAGGAAUUGAAAAAGUCAGGUAAGCUAAAGAAACAUAUUCAACGAUUACGGAAGAAGAAUCUGCACAGAGAUCGAGAAAAACUGGCAUCAUCGGAUAUGGAAUGAAAACGACAACGGGUGUACAUGAAAUUAAAAUUUAUAUGAAUCGAACAUGGCUGGAGUAAUUACAGGUGUACAUAAGCGUAAUAAAUACUACCGACAUUCAAAA